UUGGCUACGUGUAGAUUUAGAUUUGGUUACGUGUAGAUUUAUAACAAUAUUAUUGAAGUGGUUAUAUAUGCUUGGAACGAAAACUAGGCCCAUGCAAACAAAAAUCAAAAGCAGAAGAUCGGGAUCAUCGUUUUUAAAUAGUUAAACUGACGCGUAAUUGCCCGUGGAGGAACAUGCGCGACUUCGGACUUUAUCGCUACUCUCCGCCUCUUUAAGUCUGCCCUACAUCCGACUCCUUCUGGUCCUUUGUAGUAUGCACAGCAGUCUCUGAGCUCUGCCCCACAUUUUUACAUUGGCAUUUCUCAUCGCCGUCCGCCAUCCGUCGCUGCGUAAAAGCCGCCGCGCAGCGCUUACUUUAGAAAUGUAGUAACUUUUACGCAUCCUGCGGUCUCCAAAAUGGACCUAAAAUCCGAGCUCCUCAAGUCCAUCUGGUACGCUUUCACAUCCCUGGACGUGGAGAAGUGCGGGAAAGUGUCCAAAUCGCAGUUAAAGGUGCUCUCUCACAAUCUCUACACUGUGCUGAACAUCCCGCACGAUCCAGUUGCUCUGGAGGAGCACUUCCAGGACGACGACGAUGGGCCAGUGUCUAAUCAUGGCUACAUGCCCUACCUCAACAAAUAUAUUCUGGAUAAGGUCAAAGAGGGGAUGUUUGACAAGGAGAAGUUUGACGACCUGUGCUGGAUGAUGACCAUGAAGAAGAACUUCAAGGCAGCACCGCAGGGGACGGCGCUGUCAGAGAGAGACUGUUUCAAGCUCUUCUGUUUAUUCAAUCUCCUGUCUGAGGACCGCUACCCACUGGUGAUGAUAUCAGAGGAGGUGGAGUAUCUCCUCAAGAAAAUCUCCACAACCAUGAGCCAGGAGUGGGACGGGAAGCCCAUGGAAGACUUAAUAUCCCAGGAUGCCACAGUGCGGGAAGAAGGCAUGUCCGUGUGGACCUUCCUUGAGCACAUGUGUGCAGGCCGACUGCUUAGGGUCUCCAGUGCGGAGGCCUUCAGCGUGGCUUUGAAUGAGGUGUUUCUGGAGAUGUAUCACAGCGUCCUCAAGAGGGGUUACAUGUGGAAAAAGGGGCACGUACGUAGGAACUGGACUGAGCGCUGGUUCGUGCUGAAGCCCUCCGUCAUGGCUUACUACGUCGGCGAGGACCUAAAAGAAAAGAAAGGGGACAUCCAGCUGGAUAGGGGCUGUGUCGUAGAGCCUAUUUCAGACAGGGAGGGGAAACGCUGUAUGUUCUGCGUGAAAACCCUAAACAAAACCUUUGAGAUGAGCGCAGCUGACCAGAGGCAGAAGGUGGAGUGGAUUCAAGCCAUUCAAACAGCCCUGCGUCUCCAGAGCGAGGGCAAGUCCUCCCUUCACCACGAGCUCAAACUGAAGAGACGGGUUCAGCGGGAGCACAGCCAGCGAGAGCGCAGCCAAAGCGACCGCAGCAGCUGCAGCAGUCGCGGCAGCCGGAGCAGCCAGUCGGAUGACUUUAACAUCCAAGAGAUGGAGAACAUGGAGAAGAGCAAAGACCAACAGGAUUUGGAGAUUGAAAGCAUCAUCCAGCAUGCGCGGGAGUUGGAAACUCGCCGAAGGGAGGCUGAGGAGCGUGAGAGGAGGAAACAGAAGGAGGUGCAGAUGGAGCUGGAGAGACAACUGAAAGAGGCCGAGAUGAUGAGAGACAGCAUGCAGGCCGAGAUGCAGGAGAAGGAAAGGGAGGCUGAGCAGCAGAAGAAAAAGAUCAAGGAGUUGGAGCUGACGCAGCAGCAGCUGGAGUCCGCCCUCAACAUGGAGAUCCAGGCUCGGCUGGAGGAGGAGAGGGUCAGGCAGGAGCUGGAGAGGUUGCUGCAAGCUGAAGAUGAGAAGAAAAGGCAGUUUCAGUACCUCCAGGAGCAGCAGAGGGCCUUGCAGAGCUUCAGCCCCGAACAGGAGGCCUCAGACAAUAGCACGGACGAGGAUACGCCCUCCGCCCUCCACUCAGCCUCCCAGGAGCUACAGGAUCUGCAGGCAUCUCGCCAGAGGAGCCACCAGCGCCUGGAGGAGGUUCAGGAGAAGCUGAGGAAUGCCAGUCAACAUGUGCGACACUGGAACGUCCAGCUGAACCGUCUGAUGAAGCCCAUUAAUCCUGCAGAGCGUUUGGAGCAUCGCCUAUUAUCAAAACGCUGCCCCAAGAAGGACGUAGCGUUGGCAAGCACCGAGUUCAUCUCUAAGUUCAAGAUAAGAGCUGAUCAGAACAGCCAGACUCAAGGCGACAAAGAGACGCUGGAGGAGCAGAUGGAGGCCGUUAACCUGUCAGACGAGUCCAGCGAAACACAGCAAAAACCAAACGGACAGUUGUGAUGAUGACAAAAAUGCGAAUGAACAGAAAGAUUUAUUAUAUUUAUAUUAUAUAUAUAAUAUUUUCAAUUGCAAGCUAAGAUUGAGAGUGAAUAUGACAAACAUGAUGUAAUUCGUGAUUUAAUGAAAACACAUCUAAGACCAACUCGAAAUAUGCUGUUGUUUUUUUUUUUAUAAUAAAGUUUACUGAUUAAUAAUAAAA